UUCAAAAUCCCCGAUGAAAAUCGACGAUAUCUCUUCGCCGGAGCUUCACGACGAUCUCCGAAAUCAACUAUGCUCUCAAAUCGAGUCAUCCAUCAAAGAUAUCGAGAAACAUGUACCUGCGACUGCUGCCUUGCCGGAUUCCUUCUCCACCUAUCUCAGGCGUACCCUCUCUCAACUCAAUUCCCUCUCUCCUUUCCCUAAUUCCCUUAAACUCCACAUCUGGAAACUAUCCUACCGCCUUUGGAAUGCUUGUGUCGAUCUUUCUAAUUCCAAUGCUGCUGGUAUUCAAAAACACCAUGAGGAACACGCAAAGCUCCGUCAAGUUUCGGCCGACCUCCUCUUCCUCGCUGCUGAUGUCUCCGGCAUCCCGUCACCGGCGUUUAAAUCCGUAUCCUUCUUCUAUAAAACCGGUCUUAUAUGGCAUGACCUUCGGAAGUUUGAACUCGCGAACUAUUGCUUCGAGAAAGCUUCCGAUCUGUUAACUAAAGUUGACAUCACUAAUGUUUCAGAAUAUGAAGAGAAAAAGCUUCUGUUAGAUCUCAAUAUUGCUCGAUCACGAACGGCUUGGGAAGUCUCUGAUAGAAAUUUAGCGAUUGCUUUAUUGAGUCGAUCGAAAAACGUGCUCUUCGCUUUUGCGGACAACUAUAAAUCUUUAGCUAAUCAGUAUUUAAUGUUUGGAAAAGCAAUGCUAUCGAAAAAUGAAGUUUCUGGAGUGAAUGAAGCAUUGAAACUGAUGAAUGAAGCACUGGAAUUGUGUGAAAGGGGUUUGACAGUUGUUAAGAGGACAGGAGAGACGUUAGCUUUGAAGGAAUUGAGAUCCAAGACGCUUAGAUUUUUGGGGGCAUCACAUUUGCAGAGAGAUGAAUUUGAGAGCGUGUUGAAAUGUGUAAAGGUCUUGAGAGAUGGUGAGAAGGAUCAGCAUCCGAGUCUUAGUGUGUUGGCAAUGAAAGCAUGGCUGGGAUUGGGGAGGUUCGGGGAAGCGGAGAAGGAGCUAAGAGGAAUGGUGGUGGAUAAGGGGAUUCCUGAAGGUGUUUGGGUAUCAGCUGUCGAGUCAUACUUUCAAGUUGUAGGGGCUGCUGGUGCACCAGCUGUGAAGGGAGUGUUUUUAGGACUUCUUGGAAGGUGCCAUGUAAGUGCUGAUGCAGCAAUUAGGGUCGUGAAUAAGGUAAUUGGGGAUCCUGCUGGUGGUGGUGAAGAGGCAAGGUUGAGGGCAAAGGUAGUAUCGGACCUGGUGUCCGAUGAUAGGAUUCUGACGCUCUUGAAUGGAGACGAUGCUUCCAAGGAGAGAACAGCUAUGCAUGCUCUUCUCUGGAACUGUGCAGCAGAACACUUCCGAUCAAAAGAUCUCCAAACCAGUGCUGAUAUAUUUGAAAAAUCUAUGCUUUAUGUCCCUUCUAACAUAGAGAGCAGAAAUCUCAGAGCAAAGGGGUUUAGAGUUUUAUGUCUCUGCUAUAUGGGCCUUUCACAGCUUGAUCGUGCUCAAGAAUACAUAAACGAGGCAGAGAAGCUUGAACCAAAUAUAGCUAGUGCCUUCCUAAAGUUUAAGAUCUACCUGCAAAAGAAUGAAUGCGAUGGUGCUAUCACUCAGGUGCAGGCAUUGCCAAGUUGUCUUGACUUCACCACUGAAUUCCUCUCUCUAGCAGCUCAUGAAGCUAUUGCUUGCCAUUGUCUACCAGUUGCUGUUUCUUCUCUGUCACUUCUCUUGAAUUUCUACUCCACAGGGAAACAGAUGCCAACAACUGAGGUUGUAGUUUUCAGGACUUUAGUCACGAUUUUAGCUCAGGAUCCUCAGAAUGAUUCUGAUAUCCUAAAGCAGAUGAAACGAGCUCAUUCUCGGCUACGAGAGAUGAGUGCUGGGAAUUUUUUUGGGAAAGGUGAGAUCGGAAGAAGAGAAAGAAAUUGGUUUUCAGUGAAUGCAUGGAAUUCGGGGGUUAAAACAGGACAGGAGAACCAAUAUGCAAUUUGUGCAGAGUUCUUUAGAUUGGCAUCAGAGUUUUAUGGUGCUUCAAAUGAUGAAGAGAAAGAAGGCAACCAUGUAAUGGUUUGCAAAUCACUGAUUAUGACAGUAUCUGCAAUAAUCUCAGAUGAGAAGCUAAAAACUAAUACGUUAUUGGAAAAUGAAGUGAAGGAAGCUAUUUCUUUGCUAGACAGAGCAGGAAAGAUGUUAAUGUCAAGCUCAACAGAAUAUGACAAAUUAGAGGCCAUCAUUGAGCCUAAUUUCUUGUUUGUGUACACUUGGUGUGCUUUUGAUCUACAUUCAAGGCUUGAUGACACGGGAAGCCAACAGCUCCUCCUUAUAAAGCGCUUUGCAAACUCAAAAUGUUGCAACCCAAAGCAUCUACUUCAGAUUGCCAUUGAUGCCUCACAAGGACCAAGCUCGAACCAUGAAGUAGCCAUCUUUGCAUUAAGUACCUGCCUCUCCACACUCCUGGCUUUGCCUUCACCUGAUUAUGCAAGUGUGGCACUCAUAGUGAGGAAACUUGUUAGUCUAAGAAGCAUCCAUGGAAUUGAUACUAAUGAUGAUGCAACAAUGGAAACUUACAAGCAAGCGUAUCGAAUAAUGGUGGGUUUGAAAGAAGGAGAAUAUCCGGUUGAAGAAGCAAAAUGGCUCUCCAUGACAGCAUGGAAUAGAGCAGCUGUCCCUGUGAGGAUGGGGCAUAUGGAUGAAGCAAAAAGGUGGAUGUCAAUGGGUUUGGAGCUGGCCAAUAAAGUCCCAGGAAUGCAAACAUACAGGUCAUGCAUGGAAGAUUUUAUUGCAGGGUUUGAGCAGAAAUUAUCAGGGGCAUGA